CUCGCCGCCCUGGAGCCGCGCCUGGAUUUGCUGCUGGGCGCUCGCCGGCUGCCGGGCGGCCUGGGCUGGGGACCUGCCCUCCUCCUCCUCCUCCGGCCGCCCACUUCCUCCUUGCCUGGAGAACGAUUACCACUUUGAAUACACAGAAUGUGACAGCAGUGGCUCCAGGUGGAGGGUUGCCAUCCCGAAUUCCGCGGCGGACUGCUCUGGCCUGCCCGACCCCGUGAGAGGCAAAGAAUGCACUUUCUCCUGUGCUUCGGGAGAGUAUCUAGAAAUGAAGAACCAGGUAUGCAGUAAGUGUGGCGAAGGUACCUAUUCCUUGGGCAGUGGCAUCAAAUUUGAUGAAUGGGACGAAUUGCCAGCUGGAUUUUCCAACAUUGCGACGUUCAUGGACACUGUGGUCGGCCCUUCUGACAGCAGGCCGGAUGGCUGUAACAACUCUUCUUGGGUCCCUCGUGGAAAUUACAUAGAGUCCAAUCGUGAUGACUGCACGGUAUCUUUGAUCUAUGCUGUGCACCUCAAGAAGUCAGGUUAUGUCUUCUUUGAGUACCAGUAUGUCGACAACAACAUCUUCUUUGAGUUCUUUAUUCAAAACGAUCAGUGCCAGGAGAUGGACACCACCGCAGACAAGUGGGUAAAACUCACAGACAAUGGAGAAUGGGGCUCUCAUUCUGUAAUGUUGAAAUCAGGCACCAACAUAUUGUAUUGGAGAACCACGGGCAUCCUUAUGGGUUCUAAGGCGGUCAAGCCAGUUUUGGUAAAAAAUAUCACAAUUGAAGGGGUGGCAUAUACAUCAGAAUGCUUCCCGUGCAAGCCAGGCACAUUCAGCAACAAACCAGGUUCGUUUACCUGCCAAGUCUGUCCCAGAAACACCUACUCUGAGAAAGGAGCCAAAGAAUGCAUAAAGUGUGAAGAGCACUCCCAGUUUUCAGAGGAAGGAUCCAGUGAGUGUAUGGAGCGACCUCCCUGUACCACAAAAGACUAUUUCCAGAUCCAUACUCCAUGUGAUGAAGAAGGCAAGACGCAAAUUAUGUACAAGUGGAUAGAGCCCAAAAUCUGCCAGGAGGAUCUCACAGAUGCUAUUAGGUUGCCCCCUUCUGGAGAGAAGAAGGACUGUCCACCUUGCAACCCUGGAUUUUAUAACAAUGGAUCAUCAUCUUGCCAUCCCUGCCCUCCUGGAACAUUUUCGGAUGGAACAAAGGAAUGUAGGCCGUGUCCAGCAGGAAUGGAGCCUGCACUUGGGUUUGAAUAUAAAUGGUGGAAUGUCCUUCCUGGCAACAUGAAAACUUCCUGCUUUAAUGUUGGGAAUUCAAAGUGUGAUGGAAUGAAUGGUUGGGAAGUGGCUGGAGAUCACAUCCAGAGUGGGGCUGGAGGUUCGGAUAAUGAUUACCUGAUCUUAAACUUGCAUAUCCCAGGAUUUAAGCCACCAACAUCUAUGACUGGAGCCAUGGGUUCUGAACUGGGAAGAAUAACAUUUGUCUUUGAGACCCUCUGUUCAGCUGACUGUGUUCUGUAUUUCAUGGUGGAUAUUAAUAGGAAAAGUACCAAUGUGGUGGAAUCAUGGGGUGGAACCAAAGAAAAGCAAGCUUACACCCACAUCAUCUUCAAGAAUGCAACAUUUACAUUUACAUGGGCUUUCCAGAGAACCAAUCAGGGUCAAGAUAAUAGACGGUUCAUCAAUGACAUGGUGAAGAUUUAUUCUAUCACUGCCACUAAUGCCGUUGAUGGGGUGGCGUCCUCAUGCCGUGCCUGUGCCCUCGGUUCUGAGCAGUCGGGCUCAUCGUGUGUCCCCUGCCCCCCAGGCCACUACAUUGAGAAAGAAACCAACCAGUGCAAGGAGUGUCCACCUGACACCUACCUGUCCAUACAUCAGGUCUAUGGCAAGGAGGCUUGUAUUCCAUGUGGGCCUGGGAGUAGAAGCACUCAGGACCACUCAGUUUGCUAUAGUGACUGCUUUUUCCACCAUGAAAAAGAGAAUCAGAGUUUGCACUAUGACUUCAGCAACCUCAGCAGCGUGGGCUCAUUAAUGAAUGGACCCAGCUUUACCUCCAAAGGAACCAAAUACUUCCACUUCUUCAAUAUUAGUUUAUGUGGGCACGAGGGGAAGAAGAUGGCUCUCUGUACCAACAAUAUAACAGACUUCACAGUAAAGGAAAUGGUGGCAGGGUCAGAUGAUUACACGAAUUUGGUAGGAGCAUAUGUAUGCCAGUCAACUAUUAUUCCUUCUGAAAGUAAGGGUUUCCGAGCAGCCUUAUCAUCACAGUCCAUCAUUCUGGCAGAUAGAUUUUUAGGAGUGACCGUUGAAACUACAUUGCAAAAUAUUAAUAUAAAAGAAGAAAUGUUCCCAGUAACCCCUAGCCAAAUACCAGAUGUGCAUUUCUUUUAUAAGUCUUCUACAACUACAACAUCUUGUGUCAAUGGCCGGUCAACUGCUGUGAAAAUGAGGUGCAAUCCUACCAAACCAGGAGCAGGAGUGAUUUCAGUCCCCAGCAAGUGCCCAGCAGGCACCUGUGAUGGAUGUACAUUCUAUUUUCUGUGGGAGAGUGCUGAAGCUUGCCCUCUGUGCACAGAGCAUGACUUCCAUGAGAUUGAGGGAGCCUGUAAGAGAGGAUUUCAGGAAACCUUGUAUGUAUGGAAUGAACCUAAAUGGUGCAUUAAAGGAAUUUCUUUGCCUGAGAAAAAGUUGUCAACCUGUGAAACAGUUGACUUUUGGCUGAAAGUGGGAGCAGGAGUGGGAGCAUUCACAGCGGUUUUGCUGGUGGCUCUAACUUGCUACUUCUGGAAAAAAAAUCAGAAACUGGAGUACAAAUAUUCCAAAUUAGUGAUGACAACUAACUCAAAAGAGUGUGAACUCCCAGCUGCAGACAGUUGUGCUCUCAUGGAAGGAGAAGACAAUGAGGAAGAAGUUGUGUAUUCCAAUAAACAGUCACUACUGGGAAAACUUAAAUCCUUGGCAACAAAGGAAAAAGAAGACCAUUUUGAAUCUGUUCAGCUGAAAUCCUCAAGAUCCCCAAAUAUAUGAAAAGACAGUGCUGUAGACUUCAGACUAAUGAACAAAGAAACCUGAUCUCUAGUUCUACAGGACCGUAGCUUAGAUCCUGUCUUUGUAUCCCGGCACGUUGGUGAUUUCACAGAGGAGGGCCAUGCCGCUGAAAAGGGAAGGAGGUUGAAACGUUUGAUUGCCUUAUCACAUGGUCAAGUAUUUUGCCAAAAAUAGGAAAGCAAAUGGCUUGGGUCUCAACUGAAGAUGAAGCUCAACUCAGGAAGAGAUUUAUCUGUAAAUAGACAUAACUGAAAACCAAGGUUAAGCCCCCCAGUGCACUGCUGAUGCAUGCCAUAUAAUUAAUGGGUAACUUUUAUUCUUUAUAACUUCUACAUAAAAAGUGUGCUUUGGAGGGCAGAUGUGAGCAUAUGCAUUGUGAUUCUAUUUAUGUCUUUUCUUUAUAGUUUGGGGGAAGAUUUGAAAAAUUUUAAGGUAUAGUUUUUUCCCAUUAUUUUCCUGACAGACCUUAAAACAUCUUUUCUAUUAAAAAAUGAUGAACAAAAGAAGACAAUAAAUUUUUCAUUUUUCCAUAGGGUCUUUCUUGAUUUCAGAAGCCUAAGUAAGCAGUAACUUUUCAGGAAGAAUAAACAUGUAAACAUGUGCUUGGGUUACCUAAACUUAAUUCGCCUUUGAAAUUUCAUCCUUGUUGGAACUGGUAAGAAGGGCUUGACUGAAAGAGUUGAAGGAGUAUUAAAAAAAAAAAAAAA